ACUUAUUACGUUCGAAACAGGACAGUGUGAUGUCUAGUCGUGCUCUUCGUCGACUUCAAAAGGACAAUAUCCCUGUUCUUAUCAAUGACAGUGGCGACGAGAACAAUUACAGUAACAGUGAGAAGGAGUUAAACAAUGAGGAUUAUCUUCUGAAACCACGCGCACGCAAUAAAAACAAGAAAAAGAAAGAAUUCGUUGGUAAUCGUUUCGAUUUGCUGGAAAAUGGGAACAAAGAAGAUGAGUGUGAUGAAGAGGAAAAAGAAAAGGAUGAUACUCAAGCAGAAUUAACAGAAGAGUCAAAUGAAGUUGUUCAGAAAGAAAGCAAAAUUGUACCACAAAAAAAGAAAAAAAAGAAGAAAUCUAAAGCUACUCAUGGAUUCUGUAAAAAUGAAACAACUAUUGCACAAAAUAAUAAUGAUGACAUUGAUGCAGAAAUAGAAGAAGCAAAUGCUAUUUUGGGAGAAUUUCCUGUUCAGGAAAGUAAGGUCUCAGAUAAAGAAAUAGCAGCAAGCAGCACACGUUCAAUUUUUAAUGUUGAGCACAGGCAUUUAAACCCUGAGUAUGAACUGAAAAGAUUAUUUGGCUCCCGAGUUAUAAAAAGUGAACUAACAUCAAGAAGAAACAGAAAAGGUCGACCAACACCAUGGCUUAGCACACCUAAAGAUAAUUGGUCACCUUACGUAAAGACAGGUUUAUCAAUGUCUUUGGUGAAGACAGCUGAUGAUGGUAGCCAGCAGAUGUUUACAUUUGAGCACAAUCAUCAAUAUCAAGAAAUUCAGUUCAAAUUCUAUGAUGCUGUUGAAUCAUUAAACACAAACACUAUUGCUGAUAUUCUCCAAGACCAUCCGUAUCAUAUUGACAGUCUUAUUCAAUUCAGUGAAAUCUGUAAAAAUGGAGAGGACCUCAACAGAGCUAAAGAAUUAAUAGAAAGAGCUCUCUUUUCUUUUGAGAUGUCAUUUCACCCACUGUUCAGCCUAACUAAAGGAAAUUGCUUACUGGAUUUUCGGCGCCAAGAGAACAGAGCAUUUUAUACUGCUCUUUUCAAGCACAUUUUUUAUCUUGGCAGUAAAGGUUGCAACAGAACUGCACUUGAAUACUGUAAACUUCUACUUAGCCUUGACCCUGACAAUGACCCUCUCUGUGUUUUACUCUUCAUUGACUACUAUGCACUCAGAGCUGAAGAGUUCUCAUUUCUGAUAAGGUUCUAUGAAGAGCAAGAGCCUCACAAAAAUUUGUCACAAUUACCAAAUUUUGCAUUCUCAGUUCCACUAGCUAUGUAUCAUCUGGCAAUUCAAAAUAAUGAAAGUACAGAGAAAGCUGACAAAAGGUUACAAGAAAGCCUUCGUAUGUUUCCUGCACUGCUGUUCUUUCUUCUGGAUAAAUGUAGUGUCAACCCUGCAGGAGUAGUCACCAGUUGCCACUUGUUCACUGAAGCUCAAGUGGGAUUGCCAAGUGGUUUACGCCAACUGAUUGGUCUUUAUACUGGGCAAGUCUGGCCUUGUUGGAAAGUUAUGCAAAAUGUCCAGUGGCUUGAGAAAAAUGUUGAAGUAGUUGUACAAAACUUCCAAGCUGAAAAUGAUGAUAAAAAGGAAUAUUAUCGAAGAUUUCACCGACGAUAUCAAGGCACACCUAGAAAUAUUUGUCGAUAUAUACUUCUGUCUGAGAUCAAAGAAGCUAUGUCAGAUCUUCCACCGGACAUUACAAACUCAGUUAUUCUAAGUUAUGAUAUUUUACCACCAAGGGACAAUAUAGAGACGUACAAACGGCCACAGAGACCUAGAAGAGUGUCUUCCACCAGCGGAGGAGUUACUACAUUCCUUAGGUCCUUACUGCCAGACUUUUCUAUUGAUGAACCACUUGAAGAAGAACAUGGUGCCACAGGAGGAGGCCAUGGUGCCCAACUGACCAAUAGCAUAGAAACUUUAUUGGAAGUGAUGCGAGAUUUAAUGGGUAAUAUUCGGCCUGUACCACCUCCAAUUGAGAAUCCUCAGAAUCAAGCUGAUCCACCAGAAGAACAUAAUGAAGAAUGGGGUUAACCCAAACAGAUUCAGAAAGGGAAUUAUUUGAAAAUAAAAUUGUUUCUAUUUUUCUUUUGUUAAUAUUCUCAGAUUCUAAAAGGAUUCUUAAUUUAAUAGGCUAAUUACAAAAUAACCCAUAUUGUAUCUUUUUGCUAUUUAAUAUUUUUAAAGAAGCUGUGAAUAAAAUCAUGCUAAUCUUGAA